AUGGUUUUGGAAGACUACGAAAUACAACAAAAUAUGGUUGAUGUGGAAUUUAGUUAUUUACCCUUUGAUCUCAGUGUUGAUUCUCCUCCGGUUGUUAUGAUGAAUGAUCGCCAAGUGAAAAAUUUUGUUGCUUAUUGGAGAAUGAAGAAUAACAUACGGUUGUGUGUGACGUUUAAAGCCACAGUGAAUGAUAGAAGAAAUAUUGAUCUGAAUAAGGAACCAAGCGAUUCAAGUGAGGGAGGCGUUGACGUUCUUCUUCAUGAAAAGCUGCCAAAAUUUGUGAGCAAAGCAAAACCGAAUGAUUCUAACUUCAUAACUUCUAAGGACGCAGAAGUUGGUGCUAGAUCUAUGAUGGUUGAUUCUAUGGUAAAGAAGGGACAAUAUUUCAAAAGCAAGGAAGCUUUAAAGGCAAGUUUAGAAAUUUUUGCGAUGAAGUAUAACUUUGAUUACAGAGUUACUAAAUCUGGUACAAGAUUUUGGUGUAUACGCUGUAUUGAUAAUGUUUGCAAAUGGCGUGUUCGUGCUGAGUGCUUAGAAAGAACACCUUCAGCAAGAACAAUCGGGAAUCUCAUCAAACAUAAUUAUGAAGGUGUCAAUGAGGGACCUAAACCCAAUGACAUCAUUAAUAUUAUGCGUACGGAGAAUGGAUGUGAGCUAACUUAUUCCCAAGCUUGGGAAUCUCGUGAGUAUGCAGUUAACGAAGUAAGAGGAAUCCCAGAGAAAAGUUUUGCUAAGAUACCUAACUACUUGCACAUGCUAAAAGAGGUGAAUCCUGGUACGCAUACAAAUUAUGAUGUUGAUUGUGAUGGUAGAUUCAAGUAUCUAUUCAUAUCAUUUGGUCAAUCAAUAAGAGGGUUCAACAAGAAAAUUCGGAAGGUCAUUGUAGUUGACGGAACGUUUUUAAAGAACAAGUACGAAGGAGUUCUACUAGUUGCUACAGCCGUAGAUGGUAACUCUAAUUUGUAUCCAAUUGCAUUUGGGAUUGCUGAUUCUGAGAAUGAUUCUUCAUGGGAGUGGUUUUUAAUGCAGGUUAAGGUUGUUAUUGCGGAUGACAAAGAUUUAGCUUUUGUGUCAGAUCGACAUAUAUCUAUUGGUAAAAUGAUUGGAAAAAUCUACCCGUUGGCUAAACAUGGUAUUUGCAUCCACCACUUGAUAGGUAAUGUGGUUACAAAUUAUAAAGGAAGAGGUGUGGCUGGUCGUCUUGCAAAAGCGUCAAAAGCUUAUAGAGUUGCUGAGUUUGAUAAACAUUUUGCGGAAAUUUGCAAUAUCAGUCCGGCGAUUGGAGGUUAUCUACAGGAGGCUGAUGUGAAAAAAUGGGCUAGAUGUCAUUUUCUUGGAUAUAGAUAUGACAUAAACACCAACAACCCUGCUGAAUCAAUAAAUUCAGCUUUGAGAUCACCGAGAGAGUAUCUAAUAAUUCAUUUGUUAGAUAGCAUUAGAGAAAUGUUAACCCGCUGGUUUUAUGAGCGUAGGGCAUUAAGUGAGCAGCAGAACGGCCCUUUAACCAUUGAGGUGGAGAAGAAGAUUUCUAGAAGAAUAGAGAAGGGUGAAAAGUUUAAAGAUUAUCUUAUUUUUCAAUUCAUAUUAUAG